AUGGCUGAUUCGAAGCACAAACUCUACUUGGCUCACUUUCUCUUCUAUCGCGAUUAUUGUCCGUUAGGCUCAAUAAUAUUUAAGUUUAACUCGGAAAACUGUGUUAAAGCCCUUCACAACGUGAUGACAAAUAUGGGCUUAAACAUGGCCAACAAUUUCUUGUUCGCGUUGGACGACAUGACAAAAAGCCCUAUUACAGACGGUGCGGCGUUCAUUCAAAAGUUCAUCGCGCCGCGCGCGGAUGCCUGCGGAUACGUCAGCGGUGUGGUCGAAUUGGGAGUCAAGGAGAUGGAGAAGGAGCAGGAGAUGAACUACCAUGCAGCAAGAAGACCCUUGAUGCCGGACUAUCCGGUUGCUCAGAACAUGUAUAAGUGGCAGCCAGCGAAUGAAUUCGUAGCGCCAUUUCCACAACAAGGCCACUCGAACAGCAUGGAGUCUUUCAACAGAUUGAUUGGCAAAAUCAUGAAACUCGGUUCGGGAUGUGACCAAGAGCAAACGCUAGAUGAAGAGAAAAUCCCGUCGAAUGUGUCGGAUGAAUCCAUUUUCGAAGCAAAACAUGGCAUGACGGAAUCUUUCGAUGAAAUGCUCGAGAAACUCGAGAAACUUGGCACAAGACAGACGAACUCAAAUCCAUCCCAAGAGCGACGACGAAAAUAUACUCAUGAGGAUUAUGAGAAGAAAACGCAGCGGGAAAUCGCGCAGCUAUUCGCAAUUCACGAUGCCGAAUGCAGUGUGUGCAAGAAGCAAAUUGUCGGCCAUCGCUUCUCGUGUCUCGUCUGCGACGAUUUUGAGCUUUGCUCGAAAUGUGAAGCGAGCGAAGUGCAUUCGGAGCACGCAAUGGUGCGCAUUGCCAAGCUAUCAACAGACAUUCCAAGUGGAUUGAUGAAGUCUCCAACAAAAGAUCCAAUAUCUGAAACCCCAGGAUGCUCCAAAAAUAGCGAUUUCGUGAAGAAAUGCUCAUUAGACAAGAAGAAAAGCUCGGAAAGCCGCGCUCGUUUGCAAGAGCAACUCCGUGACAUCAGAUUGAGUACAUUGGGUUUGAAGAGCAAUACAAUGUCUCAGAAGUCAAUUAACUAUAAAGAGGAGUUGAAUCGACUUAUCGAUUAUAUGGAAAUGGGUGCAUUUUCCGAAGUGCCUAGUGAUGCUCGCAAAACGCUCGAAAUUAUAGUAGAGCAAAACGAGUCGGCCCUUUAUGCUAAUGAUCCGAACAAAAAAGCUUUUCACCUAGCUAUGAAGAAAGUGAGAGAAGCGAUAAAAAAUAUUAAAGCGCAGAAUAUGAGCAAAACUAACGACGUUUUGAACGUCAUGGAUCAGUAUUCGAUGAUUGAGGAUGAACUCCACAGCAUGCUUCCUUCGGUGAUGAAUAUCAAGAAAGAGCUCGGAAGCAAGCAGACAUCCGAAUGCAGUGUUGAGAAGAAAAUGCAAGCGAAACAUAUCAUUGAGCAGUUCACACUCAUCAAAUCACAUCUCCACUCUCUCCUUCCAAUGAUCCUUGAGGCUUCAAUGAAAUCGCAACCAAGCGUUCCACUGAGAAGCUACGAUACACAUAUAGGCCAAUAA